AUGAGCGUCUCAUUGCUUCGCCUGGCCGGGCUGAUGUUCCCUUUCCUUUGCUCCCUGGUUGCUUUUGGGCUUGUGAUUACCGCGCUCACUGCGGGCGCCGGUUCCUUGCAGCAGCAGCUUGAAGAGUACCAUAUCCUCGCUGUCAGUUAUCCUCUCAUCUCUCAAUCGGGCUUUGAGCAUGACAUCAAAUACUCUGGUACUAAUGUCGUGCAGCUGAACGCGUCCUCCUUUGGACAUGCCUUCUCUCUUAACACACCUAAAGAUGAAACCGACCAGGACGACAGCUACUUAGACAACGUUCUUGACAACUUAAGCGACGACUUAUCAGGUUCCUUGAGUGGCAUAUUCAAUGAACCUGUGGAUACGGUUACCAGGCUUUUCAAUAUCUCACGGUGGUAUUCAUUGCACUUGAAUAGCUAUUGCAAAGGCAAUUUUUCUCCAUCGAGCGCUCUCAAUGUUACUAGCUGCAUUCGACGCGUCAGAAGUAACACAUUCAACCUUACAGAUAUAUUCUUUUGCGACAUCAAGACUAUCCCGAACGGCCUGGAUAUCGACUCUCUUCUGCCAUCUGGCACUCAACAGGUAGUCAACUAUCUUAGCGACUUCUUUCUCGCUGCUUUAUUAGCAUAUGCAGUUGGUUACGGCCUUACAGGUGUCUCGGUCCUACUUUGUGUCAUCCUCCCGGUUUGCCUACAGAGAGCCCAAUACAGCAAACCUAUCAUGGUCCAGGUGUUGGUAGCCAUAUUGGCUUUCCUCAUUCUCGUGAUUGGAAGUGGAAUCACCGUGUUCAUUUCGAACAAGAGUGUCAGCAGGAUCAACCACUUCGGUGAGGGCAUCGGCAUAUCCGCUUCUUCCGGUACGAAAUUCAUUGCCGUAUCAUGGGCGGCCUCCGCGCUUAUGUUUAUUUUGUGCCUUUAUUGGACAAUCUUAUACGUCGUCCUCAAAGCCCAUGACCCCCGUCCAGACGACAGCCACGCCGCUGAUCCUGCGACGAAAGUCCCUCGACCUACUGAUCUAGAUAGAUUACGGGACAACCCUAUUGUGGGCUUCGGACAAGCCCAUAGCAUCUAUCCAGACGACAGCCACGCCGCUAAUCCUGCGACAAAGGUCUUUCGACCUGCUAAUUCAAACGGACUACGGGACAACCCUACCGUGAGCUUUAGCCACACCCAAUAG